AAAGAGUCCCAAUGUUGCUCAACCCUUUCCGCAUUCUCGGCGACGUCAGCCAUACCGUCUCCAAGUGCAUCCUGAUAUGGUCUAUCCACACGAACAAGAGCGCUGAGGGCGUGUCCCUCAUUACGCAGGCGCUGUACUGCGUCGUCUUCAUUGUACGCUACCUGGACCUAUUCAGCAGCAUCCAUGGCUUCCUCGGCUUCUGGAAUUUCAGCCUUAAAAUCUUCUAUAUCUCUACAUCGCUGUAUAUCGUCUUUCUCAUGACAAGAGUAUAUGCCAGAACAAGAGAGCGGGAGAAGGCAUGGAAAAUGGGACUUUGGAGUCUGGUGGGAGCGGUCGUGUGCGCUCCUGUCGUGGCUGCCAUCUUCAUGGGGAAGAAGCCCUUUAGCAAAAAGGCGCUUUCGAGGUCAGAACGCCAUCAAGCCAUCUUCCCUGUAAGCUUCACAUUCGGUGUAAUCCAGACUCUGUUCUACUUCGACUUCGCUUGGGUUUAUUGGACAAGACAGCGCGUCAAGCUGCGAUAUGGCGACGAUGGGACUCACGAAGCCGAGCAUACUCGUUUGGCUGAUCCGGCCGCUUUCGAGGACGACUACGAGGAUGAUGCAGUUGUGGUGAGUCCCGCUGUGUCAGAGGUGGAUCGUGCUUCUAUCAAGGCCAGAGAGGAAAGCACAGCUCAGCAGGCCGGCAUCAGUGAUGGUGUCGAGUGGCGCGAUGAUCAUCAUAGU